AUGAGCGCAAUCCUGUCGGUCGACGACCUCAACGACUUUAUUUCCCCGGGCGUGGCGUGCAUCAAGCCCGUCGAGACGCUGCCCGCCGCGUCCGCGUCCGCGUCCGCGUCUGCGGCUGCGGCUGCGACAGAGGUCGUUCUCGACGGGCAGGCGGCGUCUGCCGGCGAGGCGGCGCAGAUAUCCCUGACGGACUGUCUCGCGUGCUCCGGGUGCGUGACGUCGGCAGAGGCGGUCCUGGUGGGGUUGCAGAGCCACGCCGAGGUGCUGUCGACGCUGGACCGGGCGCCGGGGCUGCGCGUCGCCGGCCCGGACGGGGACGGCAGGUACGGCGUCGCGGGGCUGGAGGACCAGGACGCCAGGCUGUUUGUCGCGAGCGUCAGCCCGCAGACGAGGGCGAGCCUCGCGGCCGCCUGCGGGGGGGGCGUGUCGGAGGCCCGCGCGGGACGGCUGCUCGAGAGCUUGCUGCGAGGGCCCGGCGGGCUGGCCGCCGGCGGGAGGUGGAACAACGGCUUCACGUGGGUCCUCGACACCAACGUGGCCAGAGACGUGGCCCUCGUCUUGGGUGCCGACGAGGUUCUGCAAGCAACGUCAUCGUCGUCGUCGUCGCGCGAGUCUGCGGCGGCGCCGCCCGCGCAGCCGGUCCUGUCGUCUGCGUGCCCCGGCUGGGUUUGCUACGCCGAAAAGACGCAUCCCCACGUGCUGCCUCACCUGUCCAGGGUCAAGUCUCCGCAGGCCCUCAUGGGCACGAUGCUCAAGACGACCCUCAGCCGCAUCCUCGACGUGCCCCCCGCCCGGAUAUGGCACCUGGCCGUCAUGCCCUGCUUCGACAAGAAACUCGAGGCCAGUCGCCAGGAGCUCACCGACGAGGCUUGGGCACCACCGUCGGCGCUUCCUGGCCGAGGCGUCCGCGACGUCGACUGCGUCAUCACCAGCAAGGAGAUUCUCAUGCUCGCCGAAUCAAGAGGCCUCGACUUCUUCGACAUGGGCCGAGACGCCGACCUCCUACCAAGCCCGCCGCCGCCGUUUCCCGACGACCGACUGCACGCCUUCCUGUUUCCCGAUCGAGCGACCACCACCUCCGCCACCACCACCACCACCACCACGAGGCGCGUCCCGCGCUCGGCCGGCUCUUCCGGCGGCUUGCUCUACCACAUCCUGCAGCGCCAGGCGGCUCGGCUGCCCGGGGCCGAGAUCCAGACCACCCGCGGGCGCAACGCCGACGUGGUCGAGUUCGUGGUUGCCGUCGGCAGCGAGCCCGUGUUCAAGGCCGCGCGCUACUACGGCUUCCGGAACAUCCAAAACCUCGUCCGCAAGCUGAAGCCGGCUCGCCAACCCCGCAUGCCCGGCGGCAAACCGUUCGGCAGCGCUCGGCGACCCGCCGGCAAAUCUGCGCCUCUCGAGUACGGCUACGUCGAGGUCAUGGCCUGCCCCGGCGGCUGCACCAACGGGGGCGGUCAGAUCAAGGUCGACGACCCGGUGAUGAUGCAGCGUCGGAGGCAGUUUGCGGCGAGGCCCGGUCCCCAGGAGCAGAGGGAGUGGCUGGCCGAGGUUGAUGAGGCGUACUUUUCGGGCCAGGAGCUGGAUGGUGGUGCGGCGGGGGACAACGGCGCGGCGUGGGCGGGCGAAGCGGACGGCAGGGACGCAGUAGGUGGCAUUUCUCGCCAGUACAUACACGACAUCCUGGCGUAUUGGAGCUCAAUCACGGGCAUCAGCAUAGAUAGACUUGCAUUCACGGCGUAUCGCGAGGUCGUAAGCGACGUCGGAAAGGGCGCCGGGGCCGACAAGGUGGUGCAGCUGGCUGGGAAAGCGGGAGGCGGAUGGUAG